AUGAUUGUGUGUUUAUUUACAUAUGGAGAUGUAAAGUAUUGUUUUGGAAUAAGUAAAUAUUUAUUAAAAAUACCAAGAGAAUUAAUAGGAUAGAGAGAUGAUGAAAGGUAUGAAUCUAAAAAGAACUAAGAUAUUUAUGAACAGUGUUAAUUUGUUGCAAUAAAAAAAAAAAAGAUUAAAAUUUUAGAGUUCCACUUAAAGAUAGAUUUUGGUAAUAAUAAUUAUCAAAUAAGGAUAUGAAUAAGUAAGAUGCAAUUAAGAAUAUGUGUAAAUGCAAUAAAAACCAACAUAGUCCAAUAUAUAAAGAAGCAGAGUUAAUAUAAUAUUUGACUCUUCCUUUAUCAAUUAGUCCAUCAUCAUAUUUAUGUCUCUAUGUAAUAAGAAGCAUUUAUGGAUUAAAGAAGGAAACAAGAAGGAAAUGUUUUAAACCAUUUGGAUUAAUGGUAUUGAUGUUUUGGCUGAUAGUUUUUAACUUUGGCUGAUAGUUUUUAACAUAAAGAAAAUAGCUUUCUUUAUAUAUAAUGUUGAUUUAUAAUAGUAAUCUUUCAUAAUAUAUUUUGAUUGA